GAGAAACCGUGUGACCCGCGUCGGACACGGUGAGUCUGGAAUCACAUUGGAGCCGUGCAGCUGCAGCACAGACACCGCGAACACUCUCCCCUCGGCACAGACCCUGGAUAUGGCUACGUCUAUACUUGGGGAAGAGCCACGGUUUGGAACUACACCUCUAGCGAUGCUGGCGGCAACCUGCAACAAAAUCGGCAACACCAGUCCCCUCACAACUCUACCUGACUCCAGUGCUUUCUCCAAAGGUGGAUUUCAUCCGUGGAAGAGAACCUCCUCCAGCUGCAACUUGGGAUCCAGUCUGUCCGGUUUUGCGGUGGCAACGAGCCGCGCGUCAUCAGGACUAACACCAACCAGUGGCACCGGUAACAGCGCCUUUUGCCUAGCCUCCACCUCCCCGACCUCGUCCGCGUUUUCCACAGACUACAGCGGUCUGUUUUCCAACGCCGCGGGUGUCUCGGCGCAAGACUCGGGACAGUCGGCGUUUAUCUCCAAAGUCCACACAUCAGCAGAGACUCUGUACCCGCGGGUGGGCAUGGCGCAUCCGUACGAGUCGUGGUACAAGUCCGGUUUCCACUCGACCAUCUCUGGCGAGGUAGCCAACGGUGCGUCGUCGUGGUGGGAUGUGCACACUAACCCGGGGUCCUGGCUCGAUGUGCAAAACCCCGCCGGCAGCCUCCAGACCUCGCUGCACUCCGGGACGCCCCAGGCCAUCCACUCCCAGCUGAGUGGCUACAACCCGGACUUCUCCUCGCUGACCCACUCGGCGUUCAGCUCCACGGGAAUCAGCCCCUCCGCGUCUCAUCUCCUGUCCACCGGCCAGCACCUGUUAACGCAGGACGGCUUCAAAACAGUCAUCCCCACGUACACAGACGCUUCUGCCGCCAACGCCAUGAUCUCUGGGGGCAGCUCAGGAAUAAGCAGCUCCUCCAGGUCGUCCAGGCGGUACUCCGGCAGAGCCACGUGCGACUGUCCGAACUGUCAGGAGGCCGAGCGGCUAGGACCCGCGGGGGCCAGCCUGCGCAGAAAGGGACUCCACAGCUGCCACAUCCCCGGCUGCGGCAAGGUGUACGGAAAGACGUCUCACCUCAAGGCGCAUUUGAGGUGGCACACCGGCGAGAGGCCUUUUGUCUGCAACUGGCUUUUCUGCGGCAAAAGGUUCACUCGGUCCGAUGAGCUCCAGAGACACCUGCGCACCCACACCGGCGAGAAACGGUUCGCGUGCCCGGUGUGCAACAAGCGCUUCAUGCGCAGUGACCAUUUGAGCAAGCACAUCAAAACGCACACGGCGGGUGGAAGCAAAAAGGGCAGCGACAGUGACACCGACACCAGCAACCUGGAGACCCCGAGGUCCGAGUCCCCCGAACUUAUUAUGGAGGGUGUGAAUCCCAGAAUCAAUGUCAAAGACCCGUCUCCUCACGACGAGCCCUGAUGAGGCUGCGCCCCCCCCCCCC